AUGACUAUGGCCGGACAUAGCCUCAAGCAGCAGCUUAUGCAUUGUCCAUCGGUUAGUACAAGAAAGAAUAGAAGAGCGGCUGUCGCGGAAGUCGAUGAUCCGGACCAUUGUGUUUCCUCUGCCGACAAAUUUAUCAACAAAUCUUGGCUAAGGAAAGUAGGUCAGAUUCAAGAUAGGUCUAGUGCAAUCUUAUCUGAUCCGACCAGACCCAAUCCAUUCACUACGCCUCGAAAUGCAGAGACAUUGAACUCCGUUGGUGUGGCUCCAAAGGGAAUCUGA